GAGGAGCCGUGAGGCCGGCCGAGGGAGGUCUGUGAGCCGCGGCCGUGUGGCGGCCCUGUGAGGCGGGGCGCUGUGCCAAGCUGGUGCGCUGCUUCCCGCGCUGGGCCCGCCCCUCUGCCCAUUGUGCUCGUGCCAUGUGACCGGGGACGGUUACAAAGCAUCCCUCCGCCGGUUUUUUUGCUGAGUCACGGCGGGGAGCUGUCCGGUGCGGUGGCCAGCGGAGCGGGGCCGCUGCUGGAGGUGUGCCCGGCUUCCCCAUGGGAACGGACGGCGCUCGCGCCCUGCUGGAGCGGGCGGGCACCCUCACACUGCAGACCGGCAACCUUCUCAACUGGGGCUGCCUGCGCAAGAAGUGUCCGGCCACCCCCGGCGAGGAGGUGCGGGACUGCAUUCAGAAAACACUGGCUGAAUGGAGCUCAAAGGUUGGACAAGACCUAAAUCAGGAAAUAGUGGAGGUUCUGGAAUGUACUGUAGCUCAAGCUGUAGAAAAAAUAAACCCUGAAGAAAGGGAUGAGUUGAAAGUGUCAGCAAAACUUUUCAUUGUUGGAUCAAACUCUUCAUCGAUCAGAGAUGCAGUUGACCUGGCUUGUUCUGCCCUCGGCGUGGCUCAGUUAGACUCAGUCAUUAUUGCCCCACCUCCCGUUGAAGAUGGAACUAGCUUCUCCUUGGAGUAUUUGCAGCCUUAUUGGCAAGAACUUGAAAAUCUAGUUCAAAACAACAAGAUUGUUGCCAUAGGUACCUCUGACCUAGAUAAAACACUGUUAGAACAGCUGUAUCUCUGGGCACAGGUAAAACCGAGUAGUAAUCAGGUGAACCUAGCUUCCUGUUGUGUGAUGCCACCUGAUCUCACAGCAUUUGCAAAACAGUUUGACAUACAGCUGUUAACUCACAAUGACCCAAAAGAAUUACUUUGUGAAGCAAGUUUCCAAGAAGUUCUUCAGGAAAGCAUCCAGGACACGAAAGCAAACGCGUGGAUUCCUUUAUGGCUCCUCCGGUAUUCUGUCAUUGUUAAAAGCAGAGGAAUUAUCAAGUCCAAAGGCUAUAUCAUGCAAGCUAAAAGGAAUUCCUUUUAAAACACUUACUUUCUUCAAUGGCUUACUGUUUUAGUUUCUUGGGGAUGGGGGAAACAUUGCUUUUUUCAUAGAAACACUUUUACACCAUUUGUAACAAAGACCAAAAGUUGUAAUUACUCAGUGUAAUGCCAGCAGGAGUGUCUACAGUGCUCUAACACUAUUUUUCUUACUUAACCUAUUGACCAGUUAAUUGAAAAGAUGAAAUAUUUGGGUUUAGUUUGAAUUAUUCAUAGCAAAACAGUUUAAAAGACUUUUUAUGACCAGUUCACUGUAAAAUUAUCAUUAUAUUGUAGCUGCCAUUAGGUAGCAGAGAGAAACUUGUAUAUUUUUAUUUAAAAAGAAUUAAUUUCUCUUAAAUAAGAGUUACUUGUCUGAUAGGUACAUGGAUUUCAAGCAUUCGAUGACUGAUUUUUAUAGAAAAUAAUACUCUUUUGUGAAAAAUUACCCAGAAAAAUGCAACUAGUAUCUCAUGACUUGGUAUAUAUAUAUAUAUAGGCAAGUCAGCUGUUUAAUUUGGGUGGUGGGAAAACUGCUUUAUUUUUAAUAGAGUGUAAAAGGCCUUCCUGACUUAGGAAAAAUGCAUCUUCCCAAUUACUUUGUUAUUUGAAUUCCUUCUGGCUGCUCUGUGCCUCAGUAUGCUUUGUUUAGUGUUUGCACAUGUGUCUUGGCAUCUUUGUUGUUUGAAAUAGAAAAAUGUAUUGUUGUGUGAAUGUUUCAAAUAAGCAUUGCAAACAAGUGAAGACAAAAUCUAUUAAUCAGAAACUGAAUUGUGCCCAUCUUCUCACCAUGGCUUCUGUGUUCAACACUUGUGAACUCCACAAUCAGGAUAGGCCAAGUCAGAACAACAAAUGCUGAAGCUGUUCACCGUAGUAUUGCUAAAGGACUUCUUCUGAGGCUGCCCAGGAAACUUUGUUGCUGGAGUGCCAUUCAGGAGUGUUGCAAGCAAGCUUGAAGUUAGGUAUAUUUUGUGGCAGUAGCUUAUCAAACUGGCUUUUAAAUCCUAGACAGAUUGCUGCAGCUAAGGCAAGGCUUCUCGUUUAACAUAGUCUUUCCAUCGUAAAGGCUUUUGAAUCAGAAUAGGUAGCAAAAGCUCAACUUGUAGUUCAGCAGGUGCUUGAGACUGAGUGUCUAAAAUACUGAUUUUUCUUCUUUUGAUUUCAGGCACGAGCAGGACUUCAUAUGAGUAGUACUCAUUGUAUAUAUUCUGAGACUGGGGCUCUAAAGGGAAUGAAUUUUCACUAACAUCUUUCCAAUUGUCAUGUAGGCAGCUAGUGGCAUUUGAAUGCCUGUAAGGCAGUGUUUAGUGUGUCAGCUUCCUAUAAUCCAUUCCACUAAGGUUAAAGCUUAAUAUUUGAUAAGUUUUAAGUCCUAAAUAGCUGGAGGUGGCAAAUAUGGGGAAAUUUUCCUGGACUUCUUCAGGUCUUAGGAUCAAUGAGAGAGAUGGGGAACUGGAACUAGUAAUGAAUCAAUAAACAUUUGGGUUGGGUUGGUUGGUUUCUUAAUCCUAACCAAAAUGUGAUCUUUUUAAAAUGCUGGAUUACUUUAUCUCAAAUAUGUAUUAAUAUUUGAGAUAUUAAUAUGAAUGUCAUUAAUAUGAAUAUGUGUCAUUUAAACUUCUCUGCCAGCUUUGAGUUGUGUGCUGCUGCUAGCCAUUACCUGUACCUUCUGUCUCUGUUUGGCUGCUGAGAUUGGAUAAUGUAUUGCUCGCAUAUGUGCUCAGUUUUAUAAAUGGAGAUGCUACAAAACAAGAAUUGUGCUCAAACAUGUAGGCUGCACUAAUGGGGUAAUUAUUUAUUUCCUUUGUGUAAACUGGUGCCAGUUUGCUUAUGUAGAAGAGCACCCUUUGAGACAUGGUGAUUCUAGGAGAUGAUUUUUGGGAGCUCCUGAUAGCAUAACAACUUAUCAGGUUAUUUCAUUAAAUUGCUUUGCAUCAGAGAUGAGAUUUCCUUCCAUAACGUGAAAGUUUGAAUUAAAAGCUGAAAUUCUUGUA